UACAAUAUUAGUAGUAGUAAUAUCAUUUGGUAGGUGGAUUGACAGAUGCAAACAUGGCUUCAUCUUCUUCAACUAAAAACAACACUGUUGUGCAAUCAAGGUUCAUCAAGAUUAUAUUAUUUCAACAUGAACGCAUCCAUCUAAGUAUUCCACAUGACUUUGAGAGAAGAUGUUGCAACGACAUUUUAAGCCCGGUGUAUCUUGAGGUUCCCACCGGACAAGUGUGGGAGGUUGAAUUGCGACAUUCUGAAGGUCAUAUUUGGUUUACCAAAGGAUGGCAGGAUUUCUGUGACUAUUAUUCGAUAAGCUGUGGACACUUUUUGAUGUUUGGAUACAACACUCCUUCCCAUUUUGAUGUCACUAUAUUUGAUAUGAGUGCAGCAGAAAUCGAAUAUCCAUAUAGUUCACGCACCUUCCAUUUCCAUGAAACACACCAUGCACCAAUAAUUGACCUGUCCGAGUCGGAUGUUGAUAUCAUGGAGGAUACUCCAAGACGCCAGAAGUUGAAAGAAAAAGUUGUUGAUCAUUCUCUUGAAAACCUGUGCGAUGGACAGUUCAGCAAAAGGAAAAGGCACGGGGAUGAUGUAGCUUCACCUUCUUUCACAAAAAAGGGCCAAAACUGCAGGAUUCACAAGAAAGACUCCAAGAGUGUUUACGAUCAGAACAAGACGGUAAUGGAAAAAGAGAGCUCUACAGCGUAUCAACAAGCAAAAGCUUUUAAAUCUAAGAAUCCGUUCACUAUAUCUUUUAUGCAGCCAUCAUAUGUCUCUGCUUCAUGCAAUCUGUCCAUACCGUUGAAGUUUGCUAGGAAGUAUUUCCUUGAGAACAAUGGCAAUUUAGUGCUUCGUGUUCCAGGAAUUGGAUCUUGGUCUGUCAAAUGCACUUUGGGAAUGACAAAUGGUAAAGUUGGUUCUGGUUGGAAGGCAUUCGUGCAAGACAAUAAGUUAAAAGUUGGCGAUGUUUGUGUAUUUGAAGUGCUUAAGGGACAGCUCUUUGUAGAUGUCAUAAUUUUCCGUGCAGCUGGGAGCACACUAAUACACAAUAUAGUUGCAGAAGUGCCACGGGUUUCAUGUUCACAACCCAAAGUAGUACAAACCAAGAAAUCAAAGCAGCAUACAGGAGGUUCAUAUGGUCUCAACUUAAAAAUUAAAGAAGAACAAGGUGAAGGCACUGAGAUUUUGGGUCAUUGUCCGUUAGGACGUGGAAGCAAAAGAAAACAACCUGAAGUGGAUGCAGUGGUGCCUUCUUUCACAAGAAAUACCAAAAAAAGCGGAGGAAGUUGUGGGUUGCACAAGAAACAAUCCAAGAUUGUUUAUGAUAAGUACAAGACAGUAACGGACAAAAAGAGCUCUAUAGCAUAUCAAAGAGCAAAAGCUUUUAAAUCGAAGAAUCCAUUCAUUGUAUCUUUUAUGCAACCAUCGUAUAUCUCCAAACAUUACAUUCUGAAAAUAUGGUCAGCAUUUGCGAGGAAGUAUUUCCUUGAGAACGAUGGCAAUUUAGUGCUUCGUGUUUCAGGCAGUGGAUCUUGGUCUGUCAAAUGCACUAUUACAACAGCAAGUGCGAAAUUUAAUUAUGGUUGGAAGACAUUUGUGCUAGAAAAUGAGUUAAAACUUGGUGAUGUUUGUGUAUUUGAAGUGAUUAAAGGCGGUCAACUCUUCGUAGAUGUCACAAUAUUUCGUGCAGCUGGGAGCAUUAUAGUAGCAGAAGUGCCAGGGCGUUCUGAUAGGAAAAGUAAGGUUAUCAAAGAAGAACAUGGCAAAGGCACUGAGAUUGAGCAUUCUGUUAAGGUUUUGGGCCAUUGUCCGUUAGGAAAUGACAGUAAAAGAAGGAGACCAGCAAGGAAGGCAGAGGAUGUGGCUUCACCGUCUUUCACAAGAAAACCCAAAAAAAGCGGAGAAAGUUGCAGGAUGCACAAGCAACAAACUAAGAUGGUUAAUGCUAAGAGAAAGACAGUAUUGGACAAAGAGAUGACCAUAGCAUAUCAAAGAGCAAAAGCUUUUAGGUCGAAGAAUCCAUUUGUUAUAUAUUUUAUGCAGCCAUCAUAUGUCUCAAGACCAUACAAUCUGCACAUGCGUUUCUCAUAUGCUCAGAAAUAUUUAUGGGAGAAAUGUGGCGAUUUAGUGCUUCGUGCUGCUGGCAGGGGAUCUUGGUCUGUUAAAUAUGAUCUGGGGCUACCAGAAGGGAGAAUUCGCCUAAGUUGGAGGGCAUUUGUGCUGGACAAUAAGUUAAAAAGUGGUGAUGUCUGUGUAUUUGAACUGAUUAAGGGCACUCAGCCCUUUUUAGAUGUCACUAUAUUUCGUGCAGACGAGAGAAAACCAAAGCAUACAACAGAUGGAGGUGUUUCUGGUUUUAGAAACAAGAUAAUCAAAUCUGAUAAUUCAGUACCAUGUCCUCAAACCAAAAUAGAUCACAGUAGGAAACAUAAUCUUGAAAAGAAGCAGAAAGGCGAUUCCGAUGGUCUCAUCACUUCAAAAGUGAAAGAAAAACUCAGGGAAGACACAUUGAGGCAUGGGCAGCAAUCUACGUCUUUUUGUAUGGGCACAGUAGUAGCCAAAGAAAUGGUUCUGGCAUAUCAAAAAGCAAAAGCAUUUACAUCUGAAAAUUCAUUCUUCUUAAGCUUUAUGCAACCAUCGUAUGUGUCUCUUGCUAGAGGCCCAAUUCAACUGAGCAUAGCGUCAUCAGUAGCUAGGAAAUUUUUUUCCACUAGACAGAGUGACGUGGUACUUGAAGUUUCAAGCAAGAGACGAUGGACUGUAAAAUGCAGUGUUGGAAUAAAAACCGCAAAGUUUAGUACUGGUUGGAAGGAGUUUGUGGUGGACAACAAGCUAAAAGUUGGGGAUGUUUGCAUCUUUGAAUGGACUGGUAGACCCAACCUUGUGUUCAAUGUCAUAAUAUUUCCUUCUUGUGGAGGUAUUUGAUGACUUGUUUAGUAGUCUGUGUGUUUUGGGAAAGGGAAGGAAAUAAUAUAUAUAUAUUGAUCUCUAUUUUGUCAAGAGUUGAACAUGCUAUCACUAUGUUUCCUUCCUUCAGAUAUAAGCUAAUAGGGGCAUACAGAAUAUCAUGCGUCUCUGUUUUGAAGUUGUGACUUUACUAUUCAGUUACUUUAAUGUAUCAAAAAGAAAUGCUACUGUAAUAUUUUUGUGACUUUAUUGAGUAGUAUUCAUGUUAUUUUGAUGA